UGGGUAUAAAGACUGCAAUUUGGCCAGCAGAAAGCACACUCGGUCACAACUCUCGCUUCAGUAAACAUCUAAAUUUUAGUCCCCGUGCUUUUUUCUAUCUAUCUUAAGUGAAAUGAACAGCUUUGCCGUGUUUUUGGCGUUCGCCACACUGGCCGCCGUUGCCGUUGCGGAACCACCAUCGCCGUACAGCUAUAACCGUCCAUCCGGUGGACAUGGAGGAAGCAGCGGCGGUGGCUACAGCCACGGAGGCGGUGGUGGUGGCGGUGGCUACAGCCAGGGUGGUGGCGGAUACUCGAGCGGUGGUGGAUACCCGAGCGGAGGCGGCGGUGGAUACGCUGCCAGUGCCGGUAGCUUCUCCAGCUCGUCGUCCUUCUCGAGCGGUGGCGGUGGAUAUCAGGCCGUCCCGGCCGGUGUUCAAACCUCCGAAGGAUUGAACGUGGAUCCGCAGCUGCUGAACGAGAUCCGUCAGAUCCUGCUCCGCGAGGAAAGCCAAUCGUCGUCGUCUUCGUCCGGUGGAUUCGGUGGUGGAUAUCCUUCGGCCCCGUCCGGUAGCUAUGGUGCACCGUCCGGUUCGUACGGACCACCCUCAUCCAGCUACGGUGUCCCAUCCGGUGGCCACCGUGUCGUCGGUAUCGAUCUCGAGGGUGUGAAGCAAGCCAUCCAGGUGGCUCAGUUCCUGCAGACCUCGUCCGCUUCGGUACCGUCCGGCUCGUACGGUGCCCCGUCGGUUCCGUCCGGUUCGUACGGUGCUCCAUCGGCUCCGUCCGGCUCGUACGGUGCUCCAUCGCGCCCAUCCGGCUCGUACGGUGCUCCGUUCUAAGGCACGCGU